UUAGAAACAAGAAAGAGGGAAAAGCUGGCGGGGAAAAACAGAAAAUUCUCUCUACUUUUUCGAGAUCCGAUUUCUAAAACUUAGUCGUUAAUCCCCUCGAAAAGCUUUAUAUUAAUACCAUCCCAUUGAGCCCUUCCUCUCUCUAUUGAAGUUCUCAUUCUCUCCUCUCACUCUCUGUGGCUUAAACCUUCUCUCGUUUCUCCUCUUCUCUUUCUUUUGUGUUUGGGAGCCAUGGGUUUUGCUCAGAGAGCCAUGUUUAUGUUACUCUUGAUUAUGGCUGCUUUGGAGGUCUCCUUGGCUGUUGUCUACAAGGUUGGGGAUGAUAAAGGUUGGACUACUCUUGGGAAUGUUAACUACACUGCUUGGGCUGCCAGUAAGACCUUCAGAGUUGGGGAUACCAUCCUUUUCGAGUACAACAAGCAGUUCCACAAUGUGAUGCAAGUGACACAUCAAGAAUUCAAAGCCUGCAAUGUUUCAUCCCCGAUGCUCACAUUAGCCACUGGCAAUGACUCUCUUGUCGUCAAGAGGACUGGCCAUUAUUACUUCCUGUGCGGAGUCCCCGGCCACUGCCUGAUUGGACAGAAGGUUGAUAUCCGCGUCCCCAAGUCUUCUGAAGGCGUGGCCCCAUCUCCAUCUGGGUCUUCUGCUUCUUCUCCAUUAUCCUCUCCCUCUUCACCUUCUGGUGCAGGGGCUCCUGGGCCCUCUCAGAAGAGCAGUGCUCCUUAUCCUUUUUCCAAUGGGUUUUUGGUUAAGCUUGGUAUGGCUGUGUUGGCCUUGCUGUUUCAGUUUUAAUUGACUGGAGAGUUGGGGAUAUUCUGUUAGCUUAUUGGGUUUACAAUGGGAGGAUGUUCUGUUUUUCUAGUGGGUUUAUUAUACUGAACAUUUGUAGGGGUAUAAUUGGUCUACUUUUACUAGUUUGUGAUUUGUGUUUCAGAGAAUUCUUACUUUAUGUUUGUUCCAUAAUCCAUCUUCUUAGUAUUAAUUGGAUGGAAGUACAUUUUAAGUGGAAAUUUGAAUAUAUGCUUCUGUGUUUUUCUGUUUGUCA